AGUGUAGCGGCGGGAGAACAAGGGAAAGCUCGCUUGUACGAAGCCGCUCCCGAGCUGAAACCGCGAAAUUAUUUAGUAACAUCUAGCGUCGAAAUAACCGCUUAGGAAAAUUACACAGAGGAAAAAAUAAAAAAUACGCGAUUAUUUUCCCUUUUUUUUUUCUUUGAUUAAAUAACAAUUUUACUGCAAUAAGACUUAAAGUGCAUGAAAUCAGAUCAAAUUGAUGGAACACAAUGACACGAUUGAGAACAACGGAUUCUUUAGCAAUGCUUGAUCAACUGAGCACCAAUGUAGCCACCACCACCACGACCACAAUAGCUGCUACUAGCGUUGGGUCGGUCGCCAAGUCCAGCGCAAACGGAAACAAAAGACCAACCAUCAUCAUUUAUCCGACUGUUUCGCCGGAAUCAAUAGUCAUCCCGAUUGUUUCCUGUAUAUUUGGAUUUCCAUUGCUGGCGUUAACAGUUAUUUGUUGCCUUAGACGAAGGGCAAAAUUAGCCAGAGAACGAGCAAGACGUCGUAACUGCGAAUUAGAUCGUGGAGAAUUAUCAGUGGUGCGACUGUCGCCGAUGAAGAGCCGAGUACGUGCCGUGAGUCUAGUGCGCUCUCCUCGACCAUUACCAACUCUUGAGCUCGACACCGUACUAGAAGAGCGUUCCGACCCUGAACAGACUACAUUUUCUCAAGUGGACAUUACACCGGACCGAGAAGUGGGUACGAUAUUAUUCAGUGCGAUAGGUGCAGUAGGAACGGCGGCAGCAGCGGCGGCGGCUUGCGCUCGCGAUAGCUAACGGCGAGAUUCGGCGCAGCUCGGCGCACGCUCGCCGCUUUGGGCCGCGCUCACCAGCCAGCCACUCGACGAGGACGAUGCUGAAGACCCAUCCUACGACAGCUAACAAGAACUAGACGAUCGCUCAGUCGCCGACAUCGGCAAACGCAUGCAGAUGUUCUUGGACAUUCCACUAAGAUUUUAGUUUGUCGUCAAGUCAAGUCAGUGUCAGGGCAUACCAAGUUUACCUUUAUUUCGGUAAAAAUGUGACUCUUGUAGACUUAGUGAGUGAAGCCUGUAUACGUCAAUUUUAAUGCCUGGUAUAAGGCUUUGCUAUUUAUGUCGUACAAAUUUAUGUAACACGGAUAUUAUUUUAGCUGAAGCGUUUUUAAAAUACGUCCCAAGCAAACGUUUUCAAAAAAAUGUUUGAAAAUUACGGUAGUCUUUACGUAUCUUGUACUUUUGACAUAUCUUUGCACACAUUGCUAUUUUAAAUACUUGCAGAGAAUUGGUUGUAAUUAAACCAAAAAUAUAUUGAAUUAAAAAAAAUAUCAAACUAAAUAAGUAGACUUCUGCGACCAAAUUAUUUUACUCGCUUAAGUGUUAACAACCUUAAUUUGAAACAAGAAAUCGAAUUUACCGCGAGACAUCGGUUAUUUAAAAAAAUCUUAGUUAAUUUGUGGUUGGGUUAAACGUGUAUCACCUAUGAUACUAAUAAAUAAUUAUUACAAUGUUUUACAUAAACAUAAUGAAAUCUGUAGUAAGCUAAUAAAGUUUGUAAAUAAAUUAUAUUUAUUUAGGAACAUUUGUAGAUUACUAGAAAUUGCAAAAUCGGGUAGGCUUGCGUUGUAGUCCUUCAAUUUUAAUUAAAAUGUUGACAAAGUGCCAAGUACCAGCUCCAUCAAUUUGAAUAAAAUAUUAUAAUGACCUAACUAAAACACCCCUCCACGGAAGUGACACAGUUCCACGGUAGUGACAUAUUUGUAUAAUUUUAAUAAAUAAUUAAUGAUUUAUGGACGAAUAAAACGAUACUUUUUAUUUAAUAUCUGUAUAUAACCAAUCAGUUUGGUAUUUAUUAAUUUUAAAUCUUAAUUAAGUACGUAUUUAUGCUUAAUUGUUAAUUAUACCUGUUACGGCCCUCAGUUGCCCAGACAGAAGUCGACUGGACUAGGGCCCAUGAGUAACCCACUCGACGAGCAACCAGAGGGUUCGGGCCCAAAUGGUCUAUGGAUAGUUAUUAUGUAAUGGCUGAUAAGCAAACACAAACUUACCGAGUUCCGGAGGUAGGGUCGACCACAAGGUACAGUCAGGGGUUAAGUUGGUGGUAUGUAAGUGGUGUGCGAAAGUGUGUAAAUGUAACCUGACGUCACCGAUGUAAUCGGACAGCAGACCCACAUGCGCUUCUCUGCUCCCAAAGAUGUGUUAUUACCUGUUAGGGCGUUCACCUAUAUGUAAACUCAAGUCUAACGUCACUUAGCACAAAAUUAUAAUCGAAGACGAACGCGAUCUCCUCUCGGGUCAGAAAUUUUUAGCGUUCUACCGACAAAGGAAAAAUGUCUUCGUACGAUAUUUAAAUGCCACACAAGCAACUCGUCGACGCAAAUUAAUGGCAAUCGAAGUUAAGUUAAUCACUCAAACUCAAGAAGAGCCUCGUUGUCACGUAAACGCACAAAAAAGACAACGCAAUAAGAGGCGGUCGUCAUGCGAACUAACGAUUCGAGCGUAAUUUGCAGACUAUAUGAUACGGCCGCCGCGGGCAAAAAACGAGUCCCGCCGGCCCAAGCGUCAAAACUGGUUGCUAGCCCACACUUCAGGCGACCGAGCCGAGCGUUUUCAAUGCAAGUUUUAAAUGUUAAGAUUUGGCCUAAACAAUACCUAUUACUAAUAAGGUUUAUAGGAACACAAAUUGGUUAACAAAACUUUUAUUCGUUUCUAUCUGGUUACAUAAACAACCUUUUAAUAAUAAUUAAAUUAUUAUUAAUCAACAUUAUUUUUGUUUAGUAUAUAACUUGCAAAACUCUUAGGAAAUAAAGUAACUGAGACUAUUUAAAGUUUUAUAAAUGAGAAACCAUAGUAAAAUAAUAAAAAGUAGUAACAACUUAAUCAUUUUUAGAAAAAAAAAUAAAACCAAGCAAAGAAUCUUAUUCAUUAGAAUAACUUUAGCGAAGAUUAGGGAAUGAACGUAAUAAUAUUUUUUUUAACAUUCCUUCGACCGCAAUGUAAUUGUAAUAAAGUAACAGUAAUAACUACAAUCCGAAACAUCUUUACACUGUGGCCAAACAAACUCUGUGUAUUCUUCAUCACACUUGUUAACUGGAAUCAAACUUGACAUAAUACUAAAAUUUUUGUUUAUAGAAGUAUAGUGACAAAAGAGCACCCAAUUUACCUGAUGGUAAGUGGUUGUUGUGGCCCAAAGACAUCUACAUUUAUCCUCGAUUACGAAACAAAAUAGAGAUGCGUUGUCACCCCUGAGGACUAAGAUGGAAUGCCUCUUUUCCAGUAAAAAGGGUCUCCGGUUUUCUACACUCACCAUACGGAACACAUCAGCAUUAAGCUGCUAUUUUAGGUUGUCCCAGUACGCCCCAGUCGAGCUGACCCAUUCAUGCUACAACCAAAACAUAGCUGCAGCGUGGUUCUACCACGUAAAAGAUUAGAGAAUUAUAAUCCAGUACAGUGACAAUUUAACCAACGUUAAAUAUUUCUGUUUUUUUGCAGACCAAUUUAAUCCAACUGAUUAAAUUGGUCUGCAAAAAUACCAAUUUAAUCAGUUGCUUUGAUCCAUUCCCGAAAAGAAGUUACAGCUGUUACUUGAGUUCUGUCUGUGUUAGGUUUUUCAGUUACUAUCAUAGUAUUUUCUGGCACUCUAUGUAGAAUAUCAUGACUUGAGCCAGGAAGAGAUACUUUAACGAUUACACUUCGUGUAUAUGACUUUCCUAUUACAUUAUGACAGCAAUUUCUAUCAUAUUUUGCACAGCUAAGUCGUCUUAAAGCUAUUAAGUCCAGUUUUGUUUUGGUAUGAUGUAGCAUUUACAACAACUACUUGAUGAAUCAAGUAUUCUAGGUGAGUAAUUUUCUAACACUGAUGGAGAUAUUUCUCUGUAAGAUGACAAAAUACGGCUUCAGACAGAACGAGAUUUACUUAAGACCGGAAGAGAAUGUAUGCUUGAAACAUUAGGAGAAUGCCUUAUAUUGAAAUGCCUAACUGAAACUGGAUCAUUUUAAAUGUCACUUUAAGGCGAUCAUCACGCAAACUCGAUAAAAAUCUUUCCCUGCAUUUUCCAUUUAUUCCACAUUUUUUUUGUCUCUUACGCCAUUCUUUUUUCUGUUUUUGUUUUGGUUUUUUUCUGACAUUUGAUCAAUAGAUAUAAUUUUAUUUUAGAUUUCUAUAACGUUCUCUUUCUGUAGCUUUAGCCUGUUCGUACAACUGUGAAUUGGAGCUUGUUUUUUCCGAUGUCGCCUCUUGCAUUCUUUUGCCUUGCGAUUGAUCUGUUCCUAAAAUAAUAAAUAAAAAAUUCCUAAAAUAAAAUAAUAAGAUAACGGCUAUAGUGGCCCAUCAUUUUACGAUAUCCGAUAUACCUUAAUUAAUUUAAUACUUUGUGAUAAGUAAUCCACAAAGGUGACUGAAAUAGCAUGCUAAUUUUGAAAAAAUCUUACUCUAUAGGUCUUUACUCCAAAAUUAUUACCCCAGCACGGACAAACUGUAUAAAAAUUUGAAUAUUGCGUUGUAUUUGUUAUCUGUAUUCGUUCAGGAACUGUAUUUAUUGAUUUAUUGAAUUGUGGCUGCGUUUAGUAAGUUUAUCCAUGGAGGUGAAAAUUUUUCCAUGCACAAUAGUUAGGAAAUAUUUGGAAUCAUUUAUUUCCUUUCACAUUUACGUCACUUUUUUAAUGAUGAUUAAAAAAAUAUUUAUGUU